UGGGGGAGAGGUGAAAGCUCACACCGAUCCAGUGAAAGCCAAGAGAAAGAGUGAGAGAAAUUGAAUUGAGUAUCUCCGGUUUGUGAAGCAUGGCCAACUCCACCAUUUUCCUUUGCCUUAACCUCUCUUUACUCAUCACUCUCGUCACCGCCACUUACUACCAAAGUCUCACACCAACACUCAUGGGUUUCCGUGAGGACAAGUUCACCCACCUUCACUUCUUCUUCCACGACGUAGUCACCGGGCCCAACCCCAGCAUGGUCAUUGUCGCCGAGCCCAACGGAAAAGCCAAGGACGCCCUUCCCUUCGGCACCGUUGUCGCCAUGGACGACCCCUUGACGGCGGGACCCGAACCCGACUCCAAACUCGUGGGGAAGGCCCAGGGGAUUUACACUUCCAUAUCUCAGGCGGAGAUGGGGCUCAUGAUGGUCAUGACCAUGGCCUUCACCGACGGAGACUUCAACGGCAGCACCAUCAGCGUGUUGGCCAGAAACAUGAUAAUGAGCGAACCUGUUAGGGAAAUGGCCAUCGUUGGCGGCACCGGCGCUUUUCGCUUCGCCCGUGGCUACGCUCAGGCCAGGUUCCACUCCGUCGAUUUCUCCAAAGGCGAUGCCAUCGUCGAAUACGACGUCUUCGUCAAUCAUUAUUGACACUCAUAUUAUCAUAAUAGUUAUCAUCAUUCACACUUUUGUUUUAUUUUGCUUUAUGCUUUGUAAUUCACCCCACCAUUUUCCUCCCUCUCUCUGCUAAGGUCACUGUCUUCCCAUUAUUAUUUAUUAUUAUUAUUUCUCCCUCCUCUUCUUAAUAGGUAUGAUGCAUUGUAAUGGAAUGAAAUGAAAAGGAAGUUCAAAACUAUCCCUCUCCAAAGGA